AUGACCGUCGCUGACGUCGUUGUCCCUUUGCAGGAGGAGUGCGCCGAGGCGAGACCGCGCCACCGCUUUUUCUUCCUGAACGGCAUCCUCUGCCGCACGGAGACCGCGGACGCCUCCUUCCGGCCCUCCGACAUCUUCGUGGGGCGGGAUCCGCCGCCGCGAGGCACGGCGACGCUAGGCGACGCCUCACGAAUCGUUGACGACGCGGCCGCAACGCCUGCCUCCGCCGACGUGGAUAGAGACUGUCCCAUUUUCAACACCUUCGGCGUCUUGUCGGGGGGCGUCCUGCUGGAUCCCAACACCCGCCGCUUUGUGGACUUUGUGGACGACGCCGUGGUGGCCCCGGCCCUGCCGCAGGCGGCGGAGAGCGACAACGUGGCCCACCACGAGUCACUUGCGCACGCCAAGAUCCGCGCCGAGGGCGUCCUGUGUUUAUGCUCCUCCAUUGAGCCGCUGAAUGUGCCCGGGACGCGCGACACGCCACUCUCCUGGCCGCGUUCCAGGCGGCUUGCGCAAUCCGCCGAUGCACGUGCGUUAGCGCGGCGCAACGUCGCCCGCGUGCUGCGCCGCUGCGUCGCGGAGGUGCCGGUGGAUCGCGCGAUGUUGACGUUCAUGGAGGUGUACCGCUGCCACCUAAAGAGCAAACGCCCGACGGCGCGGUUUAUGACGGAAAACAUCCCCUUUCGCUUCCAAUACGGCGGCAGGGCAGUUCUCCUCCAGCGCGGCGACGACGACGACGAUGUUGGGGGCGGCGGUAGUUGCGGGGGGCGGCCGGGCCCCGGCGCCGGCUCUCGCUUCUCCGAGUUCCACACCUUCACGGGGCUCCCCAAGAUGGCCUCCGGCAGGCACGAGGAAAAAGUCACGACCACCCCCGGCCGCGAGUUCGCCAUGCGAGUGGAGAUGCGACUGCAGCGGCUGGUGCGGCCGCGGCGCGGCGACCUGAUGAUUGGCAAGCGCCCGCGGCGUCACCCGGAGGCGACGGAGUUUGAAACGCUCUGGUGGACGUUCCUGCGCUACGCCCCACUCCUGCGCGUGUGCCGCUCCCCCGCGCCCAACGCGGACGGCCGCACGGAGUGGUCCCUCGCCGACGACCACGACGCCAACUACAGGGAGGAGGUGCUGGAGUUCGAGGCCGCGAGGGCGGAGGGCGGCGGCCCACGGUGGAGCGUCGCGACGAUCUCCGAUGCCUGGGACUGGCUGCUCCGGCACGACCGCGGCCGCCUGCUGCGGCGCCUCGCGAAGCUGAAGCGCUGCGUUGAGAAGCUCCGGUUGUAA